AUCAGACGAUUUUAAACUGAUAAACCAAUCGAACAUUGUCGAGUGAACGCAUCCCAUUGUGUUUUUUUUUGUUUCGAAUUCAGUUUUAAUGGAGAAUUUCAUAAGAAUGGGAGCUACUCUGUUUCUGCUUAUUGGGAUUGUACCUCUGGCUUUAGCAGGUGGACAUGAUUAUGGCCAAGCACUCACCAAGAGCAUUCUCUUCUUUGAAGCUCAGAGAUCUGGUUAUCUCCCUGAUAAUCAAAGAGUCAAAUGGAGAGGAAACUCUGGUCUCUAUGAUGGCAAGCCCAAUGGGGUGGAUCUGGUCGGAGGUUAUUAUGAUGCAGGUGAUAAUGUGAAGUUUGGGCUUCCAAUGGCGUUCACCGUCACGAUGAUGUCUUGGAGCAUUCUAGAGUAUGGCUCGCAAAUGGCGUCUAGUGGCGAACUCGGUCACGCCAUGGAUGCCGUUAAGUGGGGAACUGAUUACCUCAUAAAAGCUCACCCUCAACCUCAUGUUCUAUAUGGAGAAGUAGGAGAUGGUAACACAGACCAUUAUUGUUGGCAAAGGCCAGAGGAUAUGACCACUUCACGAAGUGCUUACAGAAUUGACCAAAACAAUCCUGGAUCCGACCUUGCCGGAGAAACCGCUGCCGCCAUGGCCGCCGCUUCCAUCGUGUACCGCCACUCUAACCCCGCCUAUUCCAGAGAACUCCUCACUCAUGCCCACCAGCUCUUCGAAUUUGCCGACAAAUACAGGGGCAAAUAUGACAGCAGCAUCUCCGUGGCCCAGAAAUACUACAGAUCUGUCAGUGGAUACGCCGAUGAAUUACUUUGGGCAGCUGCUUGGUUGUACAAGGCAACAAAUGAACCGUAUUACUUGAACUACCUUGGUGAAAAUGGCGAUGCUCUCGGCGGGACCGGGUGGGCCAUGACCGAGUUCGGUUGGGACGUUAAGUACGCCGGCGUUCAGACCCUUGUUGCCAAGUUUUUGAUGGGAGGGAAAGCUGGCAGUAACUCGGCAGUGUUCGGGAAAUACCAAGAAAAGGCGGAGAUGUUCAUGUGUUCAUGCAUGGGCAAGAGUAACCACAAUGUUCAAAGGACUCCCGGAGGUCUCAUUUUCCGGCAGCGAUGGAACAACUUGCAGUUUGUCACAAGUGCGUCUUUCCUUCUCUCUGUGUAUUCCGACUACCUGACUUCUGCCCGGAAAGACUUGCACUGUGCUUCCGGCAGUGUUGCCCCCUCCGAGCUUCUUGCAUUUGCCAAGUCUCAGGUGGAUUAUAUUCUUGGAGACAACCCAAGAGCAACAAGCUAUAUGGUUGGAUAUGGAAACAACUUCCCUCAACAAGUUCACCACCGUGGUUCCUCCAUUGUGUCGAUUAAGGUUAACCCAUCGUUCGUUAGCUGCAGAGGUGGCUAUGCUACGUGGUUUAGCCGAAAAGCAAGCGACCCGAAUCUUUUGACUGGUGCCAUUGUUGGUGGUCCUGAUGCCUAUGACAACUUUGCGGACCAAAGGGACAAUUACGAGCAGACUGAGCCUGCUACUUAUAACAAUGCACCACUUCUUGGUGUCUUGGCUCGGCUACACGGGGGUCAUGGUGGUCAUAACCAGCUCCUUCCAGUUGAAGUUCCUCUAAUUCAUAAACCUGCUGUUCAACCAAUGCCUACACCAAAAGCUAGAGUAUCCCCAUUUGCAGCUCCAGUUGCAAUCACACAAAAGGCUACAACUUCAUGGGUAGCUAAUGGAAAAACAUACUACAGAUACUCAGCUAUAGUAACCAACAAAUCAGGCAAGACCAUCAAGAACCUGAACCUCUCAGUUUCCAAACUCUACGGUCCAAUCUGGGGUCUCACCAAGACCACCGGAGGUUCCUACGGGUUCCCAACAUGGGUAAGCUCAUUAGCAGCAGGCAAAAGCAUCGAGUUUGUGUACAUCCAUACUGCUCCUCAAGCAGAAGUCUCGGUCUCAAGCUACACAUUGGUCUUGCUAGUGAGUGGGCUAGUGGCGGAUCUAAAACCGCCUAAGGGACUUGGGUGUUACAUUCUGCUUGAUCCAUCAAACUUGGAUCUCCGAAUCUCAUGGAGGGCAACGUAUACGGCGGUGGAUUUUGGGAACAAUGGUCGGAGAUGUUCUAUAUUAGAAAAUCUGUUGGAGAUACUCUUAAAAUCUGUAUUUAGUGUUACCCUAACCUGCAAUUACCAUUACCAUUACGUCCGAGCAAGAAUUGUCGGUCUUCCGAUUGGGUUUCUUCAUAUAAAAUCUUUGCAAAUAUACGAAUACCUAAUUGAAAAUCUGUCUAGUGAUCCGAGAAAGUUUCAAUCUAGUGAAACAAUGGCGGAUCGGAGCUUGUUUAUGGAAGGAGGGGAAUUGGAGAGUCCUCUUGUUCGUCUGUGCAUCGAAGCGGCCACACAAAGCGGUGACGCUGUCGAGACUUGGCGAAGACAGCGGCGGACUCUCGAGCGAUUGCCAUCUCAGCUCGCCGAAGCUCUACUCCACCGACUUCUAAGCCGCCGCCUCCUAUAUCCUUCUCUUCUAGAAGUGUUCAAAUACAGUGUAGAGAAGGUUGAUCUGAGAGGUGAGAGCUCUGUUGAUGCAGAAUGGAUGGCAUAUCUGGGCGCCUUUCAAUACUUGUACUCUUUAAAUGUUUCUGAUUGUCAUAGAAUCAACAGUUCUGCACUUUGGGCUCUCUCAGGUAUGAAUUAUCUAAUGGAGGUGGACCUUUCUAGAUGCUCUAAAGUUAAUGAUGCCGGCAUUAAACAUCUUCUGUCUAUACAAACUAUUGAAAGGUUAAGCAUAUCAGAAACAAGUGUCACCACAAAUGGAGUUACACUUCUCUCUUCGCUUAAGAAAUUAUCGAAGUUGGACUUGGGUGGCUUGUUUAUUAAUGACGUGGCCCUUGUAUCUCUUCAGGUUUUGACAAAUCUACAGUACCUUGAUGUCUGGGGAAGUGAUAUCUCCAAUGAUGGUGCAGCUAUUCUUGUGACUUUUCCAAAUCUGAACUUUCUAAACCUGGCUUGGACCAAGGUCGCGGUGUUGCCAAAUGUGAGCUCCAUUGCAUGCCUAAACAUGAGCAAUUGUACUAUACAUUCUCUGUUUAAAGGAGAAGGCAAUAAGGCUCGAUUAUCUAAGUUUAUACUUGCCGGAGCUUUGUUCAAAGAUAUCACCAGAGCCUUUUCAUACUUCGAUUCCAGCUGCCUAUCUUUCUUAGACCUAUCUAACUCCUCUCUUCAUGACCUCUCUUUUUUGUCUUGCAUGCAUUCCCUAGAAUAUUUGGAUCUCAGUGGUAACCUUAUUGGAGAUGAUUCACUCGAAUUUGUAGCAUCUGUAGGAGCAAAUUUGAAAACUUUGAAUCUGAGCAAUACGAGAGUGAGCUCAGCUGGAGUUGCGAUCUUACCUGGGCACGUUCCGAAACUUGAAACUAUAUCAUUGUCUUCCACACCAACCGAUGAUCUUGCUAUCUCAUACAUCGGCAUGAUCCCUUCCCUAAAAGUUGUCAACAUGAAGGGUACAAAUGUUAGAGGUCUGAUUCAAGUCAUUCAACCGAGUGGUAGGGAUGCAGAAUGUGAUCUCUCAUUGACAGCACUUGAAAAUCUCAAGCAAUUAGAGAAAUUAGAUUUGGAAGAAACCCCACUUAGGGAUGAAGCUGUCACUCCGUUAUCGAGCUUCAAAGAACUUAAUCAUCUCUCGCUCAGAAGCAGUUUCCUAACAGAUGCAUCAUUGCACCACCUGUCAUCUAUUCCAAAGUUGAUAACUCUCACCAUGCGAGAUGCUGUUCUAACAAAUGCAGGAAUUGAUUCCUUCAAUCCUCCAUCAUUGCUACAAGUGCUGGACUUAACUGGGUGUUGGCUAUUAACCAAGGAUGUUAUCAUGUCAUUUCUUCAGCGCCAUCCUGAGAUUGAAGUAAGGCAUGAACUUGUACACAUGUUUCCAUCUGACAGUGAAAACACCAAACAUCCUUCUCCAUUGCAUACAACUACGAGGACUUCACAGCAGAGAAGAUUUUCAGCUUCGCCACAUAAAUCUGAAAUAACUACCAUCAUAGAUGAGAGGUUGAAAUAUAGCAGAGCAGAGCUACUAUCGCUGCAGUUUGCAUCUACUUCAGUUGUUCCCCUCAGUGAUUUGGCUACGCCACCCAAUUAGAAAUAUGACAGGUAAAGUGAUUGUUGUUGUUGUCGUUGUUGGAUGUAAACCUAUUCCUUUUCUGAAUGACUGGUUUGUCAAACUAAUUGUAUUUCAGAAAUUUGCAACUUUGAACAAAAGAGGUCGUAAACCAUGCAAACUAUAGUUUUUUGUUAGUAUCGGACGGUUAGAUUGUGAUGGAAGAUCAAGUACAGUUGUUUAAAUGGUUAAUCGCUUGUUACUCGAAACUUGUAGCAAGUAGAUAACAUUGUUCUUUUCGGUUCAUAGUGGAAUCACUUGUUUGUAUGUCGGCAGUUUUGCUGCAUCACUCGCCACCCAAAGUAGAAAUUUUAAGGAUAGAGUUGAAAAAAAUUUCUUUCUGCAGUCGUCUUCUUGU